UUCCUAUUUUUUUGUCCUUAAUCACUCUGGGCAAAAAGUAGUUGAUGGAGAUAUUUUUGUUAGUUACUAUAUUUGAGGUACUGAGUAUUUUUCCAACCUUUGUUUUAAGAGACUUAUGAGAAGCAGAUGGCGGUUGAUAGUGUCUUCACAUUCUACUGCCAUUUUUGAGCUCUGUGACAGUGUAAGAUUAAGUCUUUCUGGUAUGCUGGGCCCUAAUAAGCUUUGCGCCUUUUUUCCAUAAAUAGCCACAACUAAUAGUAAUUUGAAGCUAUACCAAUGCUAGUUGGUUUGAAAUUGUCAUGAGUGUUAAUAAUAUUAUAUACACUCUUUAAAUAUGUACAGUUUUGUUUCACCGUAGAGAAAUUCUAAGGAAAUUAUGUAUCAAGUAUUCAUGUUAAGUGAUUUCAUUUUUCAAUUAUGAUAAAAUAAAGGAAAAAAUCAGAAUUUGUUUAUCUUUUAUAAAGAUUUUAAAUGUUUAAUUUCUGUUGACAAUAUAAAUCUUUUGCAAUAAUGCAAUUUAAUUAUUCUUUAAAAAUUUCCCCCCAUUUUAGAAAGUAGAUUUUUUAAAAAUUACUGUCAUUAGCAAUACAAAAGGAAAUCAUCCACUUAGAUGUAAACAGUAAAUGUGGAGGAAAGCAAAAAAACUGAUAGACAAUUGAAUGAAAUAUCAUAACUUAGAGACAUACUGAUUUUUUUCUUCAGUGAUACUUAGCUAGUAAAACACAUAUAAUUGGUGAUUUUAAUACUGUGUAUUUUAGGCAUAAGCUGUUUUUCACUCUUGGAAGCAGAUGAAUGGUGAUUUGCAAAACACUUGUGAAUACAUGAAGAAAAAAAAUACUGCUUUUCUUUUCAUUGAGCAGCAGACUUUUCUAACAUGAACGAGUACUGUCUUUCUUCCUGUUGUCUUUCCCUCCUUAAGAGAACUCACCUGUUAACCAGUCAUGCCUCAGCUCAUCUUUUUUUUUUUUUUUAAUUUUCUUUUAUCUUUUUAUUCUACUAUGCAAUAUCUCCUGUUUUUUUGUUUUCAUGAAAUUUACCUCCAGAAAGGAGAUUUAGUCUCAGGAUAAUUCAGUUUCUUACAUGAUCUUAGUGGUUUGUGGUUUGGAAUCAGGGAGUCAGAUACAACUCCAGAGAACAGAAAAGUGGCUCCCGAGGGAAGGAAGAAAGGAGACCUUUGUUGAGCACCUCUGUAUCAAGCGUUUUUCUAGACUCAUCCAUUUCUUACAAUUCUCUUUGUAGUCCUGUGACUUUGUCAUAUGCCUUGCAAUUGAGGAAACUGGCUAAGAGAGCUUCAGUUACAAAACUGGUAAUUGCCAGAGACAGGAUUUGAAUUCAACAUUUGUCUCCAGAUUCCACACUCUUUCCACUGAACUGUACUUCAUACACUGCCAAAAAUGCAGUGUUUAGAAUAGUUUCCUUGACCAAGCUGACAUAGCAGGAAAUGAGACAUUGUGGCACCUGUUGAGGGAAAAGGAAAAGAAAGAAAAAAAAAGAAAAAAACUUACAGAGAGAGUUGAAGGCUGCUGAAAAGAGGUGAAGCCAUUAUGAGUUGCCAGAAUGCUACCCCUGGGUUGAACAAAGGGUCUCAGCCCCGGCCAGAGAACCCGGAGAGGACUUCACAUGGUGCAACUGCAAAGGAAGACGCCCGCACAGCGCUGCUUGACAACCAACUCACCCUGGGCGACUUUGUCCAAAUACAGACAGCCUUCGAGCCCUCAGAGCCCAGUCAAACCAUUUGUAUGUCCAGAGAAGAGUUUGUGCAGAGAAUGACAGAGAUUGUUGGCUGGGGCACAAAGGAAGAAUAUGGAGAGCUCUUUGAUAAAGUGGAUGUGGCCCAAGAGGGCUUCAUUAAUUGGGACAAGCUGACUUCGUUUCUGCUGUUAACACUUUAUGAGAAAGAUGAACAAGCAAAGGCAACUGUGGUUCCCCAGUGGAGAGACCUUGAAUUUCUCCCAGUGAAACACAAAGAUACCAUCCAAAGAGUAAUUUUCUUAAAAAGUUCAAGUCGUUAUCUGACCAUCAGUAAGGAAGGUUCAGUAGGAAUCUGGGGAGAGAAUUUAAAGCUGCAAAAAACACUUCCCAUCACUUCAGAUGCCACCAAGCUAAAGCACCUGUGGGUGACAAGUAUGGUUUCUCUGGAAAAUGUAAACAAGAUAGCAGUGGCUUUUACAAGUAAAGAGAUUUGUUUCUAUGAUCUACUGUCCAAAGAAGAAUUUCCUUGUCAAUAUAAACUCCAAGGCCUGAAAGGAACACCAAUUUGUAUGGAUUAUUGGUACAACCCUCUUGAUGCCAAUGAGUCAAUUCUUUCUUUUGGGGACAUAACUGGAAAGGUUCAAGUAAUUGCUUUCACAACAGCCUUGAUUUCCCUUUUUGAGCAUCCUGCUGGUGCAUGUGAAGAUGAAGAAGCAACAGUGACCAUUAACUGGGCAGAGCUGCGCCCUGGACAUCACAAAUGUUGCUACACGUUAGGGCACAAACUUCAUCAUGGAGAUUGGGUCAGACAAGUUACUUACAAUGCAUCUUUAGACGCUAUUAUUUCCAGUACAACCAGCAAUACCAACACUGUGGUGCUGGCCUGGAGAGAGAAAUCUAAAAAGCACCUUAAAAUGACAUCUUUCAACAUUGCCCAGGGCAUUCAUGCUUUUGAUUACCACUCUCAGCUCAAUUUAAUUGCAACUGCUGGCAUUGACAAUAAAGUUUGCCUUUGGAACCCCUAUUUUGUCUCUAAGCCGGUUGGUGUCCUUUGGGGUCACUCAGCCAGUGUGAUAGCUGUCCAGUUCUUUGCUUCAAGAAAACAACUUUUCAGCUUCUCCAGAGAUAAAGUUUUGAGACUCUGGGAUAUUCAGCAUCAACUAUCCAUCCAGAGGAUCUCUUGCUUUUUCCCCAAGAGUCAGGACUUCAGGUGUCUCUUCCACUUUGAUGAAGCCCACGGCCGACUCUUCAUCUCGUUCAAUAACCAGCUGGCUUUGCUGGCAAUGAAAAGUGAAGCCGGCAAGAGGGUGACAAGCCACAGGAAAGCAGUCACUUGUGUCCUUUACAAUUCAGUCUUGAAGCAGGUAAUCAGCUCUGAUGUGGGGUCGACUGUUUCUUUCUGGAUGAUAGGCACUGGGCAGAAAAUCAAACAAUUUACCGGUUGCCAUGGUAAUGCAGAAAUCAGCACGAUGGCCCUAGAUGCAAAUGAGACGCGGCUUUUGACUGGCAGCACAGAUGGGACCAUAAAGGUCUGGGAUCUCAAUGGCUGUUGUCACCACAUACUCAAUGUUGGGCAAGAGGGAGCUGUGGAUAUUUCACACAUCCUGGUUCUGAAGAAGACAAUCCUGGUUACAGGCUGGGACAGGUCUAUUACUGUGUUUCGACCUCAGAACUUCAAUCAGUUUUUCAUCCAGCCUGAAGAAUGGAAAGGAGGAAUUCAACACCAUGAUGAUAUAUUAUGUGCUGCAUUUUUACCUCCACAAACUCUUGUUACAGGGAGUUAUGAUGGAGAAAUUGUUCUGUGGAACAACAGCACAGAAAAUGCUCACUAUGUCCUUCACCCUGAUUAUCAGAGGCUGCUAAAAUCAAAAUCGGAUGCAGGGCCUCAAAAGCUUCUUGGUGCUGGGAGAAGCCCCUCUACCCAUCUCACCUAUGAUCAGGCUACCCUUGGAGCCUGUUCCUUUGAGAUGGACACUGAGUGCAAUCAUGCUGUUAUGAGGCUUUGCUUCCUUGAAGCAAGAAAAAACAUCACAGGGACAGGGGGAGCCAACCUGGUAUCAUGUGGAGGAUCUGGGUAUGUCAGAUUCUGGGAUACAUUUAAGAAGCAACUUUUGGCUGAAUUUUUGGCUCAUAGUGGAGUUGGUUCUAUUAUUAUGUCUACUGAUAAAUCAAAUCGAUACCUCGCCACAGGAGAUCUGGAGGGGUGGUUAAAAAUCUGGAAUAUAGAGGAGUACUGUAUUAAUUCCAGCAAGAACAAACUCACACAGGCCCCAACUCUGAUAAGAUCGUUCCGACCCCACGAAGACUGGAUAAGCUCCUUAGAGAUGUGUGAGCCGGGCGGCCGCUUGCUGAUUCUCUCUGCCUCUGCAGACUGCAGCGUUUGUGUGACUGAUGUCUGUGGUGUUCCCGUCCAGAUAUUUGGUCAGGAAAAGCAUUGGCAACUUGAAAACUGUUUUUCUGUUCCUAAAAGAGACACUAAUUUAACGGGAAAUAAGAGUCAAGAGAAAAGCAUAAAGGAAAUUCCCUUAUUUUCUAAGGAAGAAUCAUGUUUAGACCCAUCAAAACAUUCACUACUUGAUAAGAAAACAUACAGUGUCAGAACUUCAGAAGUCAUAAACCUAGGUGUGAAAUAUAUGGAAAGAAAUGUUUAUAAGAAAAAAACACAUGACCUUUACAAUGGUGGAAUUAUACGAAAAUCAUUCAGCAGUUUUAGGUCAUUAAGCAUUGGAACGUUGAAAGAGCUGCCUGAAGUGAAUAAACCAGCUUUUCUUCUAGACCCUGAGAAAUACUUUAGGGAAGGCCCAGAGGAGCAGAGUCCCCAAAUUCCAGAGUUUCCAUCACUUUCUGAAACAUUGAAAGCAAUAUUUGAUGAGAAAAACCUGUUUCCCAAAGAAAUUCUGGAUCGUGAAAGAAGAGCCAAGCAGUUAUGUCAAGAAACAAGUAGUGAAGUGAAGAUAAAAGGAAAUAAGAAACCAUGGUAAUUGAAAGAAAAAUAAAUACUUCAUCAUUGCAUGAAGUAUGUAUAUAAAAUGCACAAAAAAUGGAAUCAAGAAUAUUGCUCCUUUCUCUUACUCUAUAUUUGAACUCCAGGAAAAUUCAUUUUGAAACAAUGUUUAAGUGCUGCUUUUAUCCAUCACCUUUCAAUUUCUCUCCUUUUUUAAUAGAAAAAUAUGUCUAAAGAGGGGACAAUAGCAACUGGUGUCUAUUCUCAUGUUGCUAUAUAAAAGUUCCAACUUUUUUUCUAAACAAUUCCAGAACAAAGUAUUCUAACCAGUCACACUUUUUA